GGGCCUGGGGGGACCGUACGGGGGGUAUCAUGAACCGGCUGUGCUGAGGGGAGCGGGUGAGAUGAAAAGUGGGUUUUCAUGAGGUGUUUAUCGAGUGUAUGAGAUACAGGUCAGUAAGGCAGCCAGAAGCUAAUGUCAUCGGGAGCACCGACAGGAAGCACCAUGCCCCCCGAUGCACCUGAGGUGGAAGGAAAGGUGAAGUCGUGUGACAGGCAGGUAGAAAGGAAGGAGGGCACAGACAACAUAGAAUGCAUGGAGCCCAUGUCCAAAAGGCAGCGGAAGAAGCUACUGAAGCAGAAACAGUGGGAAGAGCAGAAGGAUCUCCGUAGGCAGAAACGGAAAGAAAAACGCCAGAAGAGGAAAUUAGAGCGUCAGUCAAAAUCAGACACCAGUAUUGAAGGGAAUGACAGGAAGCGUCUGCGAAGGGAAGCUGUUCCCAGUACACUGCGCCUCAUUGUGGACUGCAGCUUCGAUGACUUGAUGGUUCUGAAGCUUCUGGCUCAUGGUAAAGCAUUUUGUGGUGGUCUGUCUGAAGGACUAUAAAACAAAUUGUGUUGUAUACAGGAUGUUAAGAAGCUUCACAAGCAAAUUCAGAGAUGUUACGCAGAAAAUCGCAAAGCAUUCCAUCCUGUGCAGUUUUACUUGACCAGCCAUGGAGGACAGCUGAAGAGCAACAUGAAUGAAAAUGAUAAAGGAUGGGUCAACUGGAAGGAUAUCCAAAUUAGAACAGAGCACUAUAGUGAGCUAAUAAAGAAAGAAGACCUCGUGUACCUCACCUCAGAUUCCCCAGAUGUUCUCAGUGAGCUUGACGAGAGGAAGGCGUAUGUGAUUGGAGGGCUGGUGGAUCAUAAUCACCACAAGGGAAUCACUUACAAAAAAGCUGUAGAGCAAGGAAUUGGUCACGCACAGCUCCCUCUGGGAAACUUCGUGAAGAUGAACAGUCGCAAAGUGUUAGCAGUCAACCAUGUGUUUGAAAUCAUCCUUGCAUACCUGGAGAAGAGAGACUGGAAGGAGGCCUUUUUCAGUGUCUUGCCGCAGAGGAAAGGGGCAGUUCCAUUGGGAGAAGCCAAUGAUUCAUCCCAAAAUGCUCUGUUUGAGAAAGAAGGUGAAGACAACGACUCAGACAGCAGCUAGCCUGAGGAAUAAGAAGAUGGGGUAACACUGGGACAUGAAGCAGUUAAGCUCUGAAGAUCAUCUGCUUCCCUUGUGAUACUUCAAUUGUCUCAAUGCUUGGUAGCUUUGUAGUUGGGUCACGGUUAUUCUUGGACAGAAAGGGUAAAACCAAAUGCAGUUUUUAUCCUGAAACUUCUAUAUUAAUAGCUUUAAAAAAUAAAUUAAUAGUAAAUGCAGAAUUUAUUUUGUUUACCAAGGAAACUAUGUUAUUUAUGGUGUGGUUUUUUUGUUUCAUUUUUGUAAUAAUUGCUUGGGUAUAUUACCUGAAAUACUUAAUCAUUGUUUUAAUCUGUGCAUUUAUCUCUGUUGCAGUUCUAAUCUAUGAAUUACAAACAAUCUUGUAACCUCAAAA